AUGAUUGGGAUCAAGGCGAACCUACCCCCCUCCCCUGAUUUAUCAGGAGAAUACUGCCAACACAGAAGAGAUGCCAUGAAAAUUCUAGAAGCCAAUCAGUUUGUAUGCGUCGACAAGCUUGGGUCUGGCGCCUUUGGCGAUGUGUACAAAAUGAUUGACUUCUCCAGUCGAGAAGUUACAGUUAAAGUUGUCGCCCUAGAAGUAGGCAAACCAAAUGAAACUGAAAUUUGGCCAAAAUUAUCUCAGCCAAACAUUAUCCCUCUCCUCGAAUACUGUUGCUUUAAUGACCCAGGUGUAGCAAUUUUUGUGAUGCUCGUGCAACGGGACACUUCGCUACAUGCAGCUCUAGACAGGCCAUUUUUGAGUCAACCAAAUGCCCUAGACUGCAUAAAAUCAUGGCUUUAUGAUACUCUCUGUGGUUUAACAUAUUUGCUCUCAAAUGAGGUUUGUCACUUAGAUCUUAAAGCAGAUAAUGUCUUGAUCUCGCAUGAUAACAAAGCUGUUAUCUGUGAAUUUUCAUUUCUUUCAUCAACGACGAAGAUAACACCAAGGUCUGAACUUGGAUUGCAACCUUUAUAUAGACCCCCCGAAGCUUACCCAUUCAUUGGUAGUGAAGCAGAGAUUGAGGGCAGAGCAUAUGACAUGUGGGCCUUAUGGAAUGAUGGUUCUGGAGCUAUUAACCAACCAAGCUCUUUGUGGAACAUCAGCCAACGCCGGAAAUUGGGAAAGGGAUAUUCAUCCUGCCCUGUUUAA